GUGACAGCUUUGUCCACGUGACCGUGCAGCUUCCCAGCGUUCUGUGCGAGCUGAACAUGGCGGCCUCCAUGAGGGUUGUGAGGGCGCUGGGUGAACCUGGGCUUGCUGCCUUUCUCAGUCCUAUCCGGAUGCUUUCACCAAUCACAGUUAUACCUGUAAGAACCAAGAAGAGACUGUUUAAGCCGCCAUCUUUAGGAAAUAAGCUUACUGUGGAAGCAAUGAUAAGGAAAGCCAAGGCUGCUGGAAUUGUAGCGCCGCAAGAAGACUUGGAACGCCCAAUUAAUAUCUCCUGCACAGCUGGAAUACUUGAUCCAUAUGUGCCUCCAGAAGGUGAUGCCCGUCUGUCCACGCUUUCCAAGGAUGGUUUAAAGCAAAGAACAGAGCAACUGAAACAGACAGCGGCCUCUCAGUUGGCGAUUCGAAAGAUCAAAAAUUAUGAUGAGGAUUUUAGCACCAAGACCUUUCCAGAGGAAGCUCGGGAGAUCUUCAUUGAAGCGCACAACUGUCUGACACAGUUUGAUCGUCAUAAAUUACACUCACUGGUGACAGAGCGCUGCUAUCCCGAGAUGGUGCAGGGUAACCGGUAUCGUACAAUACACUGGUCUUUUGUUGAGUCUCUAGAGCCACCCAAAAUAGUGCAGGUUCGGUGUCCAGAAAUGGUUACCAAGGGAAACCUGUACGGGCAAGUGACUGUCCGUAUGCACAGCAAACAGACCUUAAUAAUCUAUGAUCGGUUUGGUCGGGUGGAAUGUGGGAGUAAAGAACCACGGGAUGUUCUAGAGUACUUGGUGUUUGAGCGUCACUUGGUGAAUCCCUACGGAUCAUGGAGGUUGCAUGGCAAGAUAGUGCCUUCCUGGGCACCACCCAAAGAGCCAAUUGUGAAGACUGUGAUGUUAUCAGGUCCAGUAUUGAAGCCCGAGCAGGAGCUAGAAGAUGUCUCUGUGGAGAAGCAGGAACUCGCACCAAAACAGUGGUAUAAAUAAGACACCGACACCUUUCUUCUUGUGCAUUGAAGCAGGCACAUUCAUAAGUGUGAGCACUUGAAUUUAUGAUUUGAGGACAAUAUUGCAGAACCUUGGCUCGUGGUUGGUGUACUGUUUGUAACAUCCAUGCUGUGUGCAAUAUUAUAUGCCCUGGUAUAUGAAAGUUUUGUAAUAAAAUAAAGUUUUGAGUUAUUUCAAGACUUGCACCAGG